UUAAAAUUUCUUACACUUAAAAAGUGAAAUAUUAACGUAAAUGGCUUCAAAUCCUUAUGUUAAAUCAUUAUUUUGGUUGUUAUCAAUAGGCGGCCUUGGCUAUGGUCUUAUGGUUUUAACUGCACCUUCAGAAGAAAAGUUAGCGAAAAUACGAGCAACUACUGGAGGCAUCCAUAUCACACAAGACGAGAAAAACAAAGUAUUAUUCCUUAAGAAAUUGCAAGAAGCCGCCAAUCAAAAAGAUCCUAUAUAUUCUAAGAAGCCCGAUAAUUAA